CGGCAUCUCAGCUAAACGACUCAAAUGAAGCAUGAAAACCGCGCUGCUAAGUCACCGGAUGUCACUGAAGGACUUCAGCAGGAAGUACGGUACUGCUGCUGUGGAAGUGAAGGGCUGCCAUUUUACCGAGCUUACGGAGCCAUAAAUGGGGAUCAAAGUGAUCCAGCUCACCUCAAAGUUCCACCAUGAAAACCUUCUGGCUUCCCUGCAUCAGAUGAGGAUGCAGGGGCAGCUGUGUGACAUAACGGUGCAGGUGGACUACCAAGGAGAUGUGGAGGAGUUCCAGGCACACCAGCUGAUCCUGGCUGCAUCCAGUGGAUACUUCCAGAAGAUCCUCCUGGCUCAGGAUGCAAACCAGGAUAAGAUACAGCUAUCAAACAUGCACUCCACGGAUUUCUCAAAGUAUCUAGAGUUUGUCUACACUGGAAAGAUUGAGGUCGCCAGGAACAAGAUUGGCGAUGUUCAGGAAGUGGCCCGUUUAUUGGAUUGUGAGGGUCUGUCGGUGGUUUGCGGUGACGCCUUGAGUGCUGGGGUUCUGGAAAGGCCAGAGAGGAAAACCUGUGGUUCUGAAGGUGGAGGCGAAUUACCUGCUGCCCAAAAGGAAGAAGAAAAGGUCAAAGCAAAGGAGCAACAUCUUAAACGGCAGCUCUCCCCACAAGAGAUACAAGACCUAAAAAAAAAGCUGAAGGCGAAAACGUUGCAAAGGAAAACGACAAAGACGAUGAGGAAGCUGAAACUGAGGCUCGGGGGCCGUAAAGUGCCCCUGAGGCGGUUGCAUGUCUCUACGAAAGAUGAUUCCCAGGAUAAAAACCAGGCUAAGGAGUCGAGAGGCAAGGAAGAAUCUGAACGAGAGAAUAAAGACGUGGAGAAUGAGGUGCAGGAGCAUGAUCAAGGCUUAGCUUCUGAUGGGGUCCAUGACUCAGACUUUGGAGAAGAUCCACCAAAUGAUGAUGAUGAUGAUCAAGGUGAGUUACUAACGGAAGAGGAGGAUGAUGACGAUGAGGGGAAUGGUAAAAGGCUGUCCAAGGCCCAGUUCAGCUGUAACAAGUGCCAGCGCACGUUCCAUUAUGAGAAGAGCUACUUAAAGCACAUCAGCACCUACCACGGAGUAAAAGCACACAUCAUCCACCGCUGUGAAACCUGCUCACAGACCUUCGCCAACAGCAGCAACCUGAAGAUCCACGAGAAGCACGUCCACAGCAAUGAGAGGCUUUUCUCCUGCGAUUCCUGCACUAAGACCUUCAAACGGAAGAAAGACGUUGUGCGUCACAAACGACAGGUACAUGAAAGGAAUAUGAGGCAUGUCUGCUCCGAAUGUGGGAAGUCCCUCAGCUCCAAAACUGCCUUGUUGCUGCACGAGAGGACGCACACGGGCCUGAAGCCAUACGAGUGCACCGUCUGUAAAGCCAAGUUUACUCAGAAGUCCGCCCUCAAUUUGCAUCAGAGGACUCACACUGGAGAGAAGCCGUUUGCAUGUGAUCAGUGUGAUGCAAAGUUCUCUCAGAAGCACAUGCUGGCCUAUCAUAAGAGAUCUCACACAGGAGAAAGACCUUUCAUGUGCGAGUCCUGCGGUAAAAGCUUUGCAUCUAAGGAGUACCUGAGGCACCAUUCAAACAUCCACACCGGCUCCAGGCCCUACAAGUGCGAUCACUGCGGCCGAGGCUUCGCCCAGAGAAACUCUCUGAACCAACAUCUAAAAAUUCACACAGGUGAGCGUCCGUACAGCUGCAAAGACUGUGACAAACAUUUCACUCAGCUUAAUGCACUCCAGAGGCACCAACGCAUUCAUACGGGAGAGAAGCCCUACAUGUGUGGCCUCUGUAAACGCACCUUUACCGAUAAAUCCACCCUGCGCAGACACACUACGAUCCAUGGCUCGGAUACUCCUUGGAAGAGCUACCUGGUUGUGCUGGAGGGAAACAUGGAGGAGAAGAAGUCUCCCAUGAAAGAAAAGACAGAAAACGGGGGAACAGAGGAGAAAAAGAGCAAAGCUAACAAAGGUGCUAGUUCUGCUGUAGCAGUGGUUCCAAAUCCUAACGAUGCAAAUAAAACCAACACAGAACCAGUGGUGCUUGCGCCUGAGCAGGUCACUCUCCCAGCCGACUGGGCCACCCAUGGAACCAUUGCGCUGGUCAGCCACGGCGGGGUCGGUGCCAUCACAGUUAUCCACACAGAGGUUCCACCUGGGACGCAGAUCCAACCCAUUGUGGCCACCAGAAGCUCAGGCGCCAUUUCCCUAGAAGGUUCAGCCAUUGCUGUCCCAUUUUCUAUUCCAGUAUCGGUAGCUCAGGUGUUAUCCUCUGAGGCUCCUUCCAGCUCUCUGUCCGUCCCCGUUUCUGAGACCUUGUUAGCGUCGGUCUCAGGCCUCCCAACCGUCCCUGCGACGUCUCUGCAAGCCGUUUUAGAUCCAGCUUCAGAGCAGAAGCCCACCUCUGAGGAGGAUACAUCACAUCCAGAUAUACAGACUGUGAUCGUUGGGGAGGUGCAUGGGGGAAAGAAAAAGACGGAUGUCGAGAAUGGUGGACAGAACGAGACAACAGAUGAAGCAGAAACGACCAAAGAUCAAAAUUUAGUGUAGAAGAAACUUUCUCUGGAAGACUGUAAACUGUGAAAUUAGGGUUCACACUCUACAAAAGAAGGCAUUGGUACAAUGACAGAUAAUAGUCUGUGGGCAGACAAACAUAUUUGUAAUAU